AUUUCCAGUGUAAGCACAGAUGCUGUUUUUGUGACAGAAAUAACAUUGAUAGCUAAAAGAAUCCAAACCAGAAUUUGAGGCCUGAACAUGGAAAAAAUGUUUAAAGCUUCAUGUUAAAAAUUUUGUGUCAAGAUCAAUAUAGUGAAAUUCUUAAGGCGCCUUAAAAACAGUAAGGCUAUACAAUUACCACCAUUUUGCAGAUGGAAAACAACAGUUUAUUAAUAAUCUGGCUGGUGUGAGUAUAUUUCAGGAUUUUCGUUUUUGAGUUGUCCAUUACCAACGGAUCUACUGGAGCAUAAAGUUUGCCUAUCUGCAGCAGGUUACCUUUUAAAGGAUUUAUGUUAACAUAGAAUAUUGUUAAAUAACUUUUUUUUAUCUGACGCUUUUGACAGGUUCCUUUGCAGCUGAUUGAAAGUAUUGAAUGUCGUGAGAUGUUCCAACUUCAUUUGACUUGUAAAGACUGCAAAGUUAUCAGGUGUCAGUUUUCUACUUUUGAACAAUGUCAAGAGUGGGUAAAACGUAUGAACAAUGUGAUACGACCACCUGCAAGGAUAGAAGACCUUUUUGCCUUUGCUUAUCAUGCUUGGUGUAUGGAUGUAUAUGCUAGUGAAAAAGAGCAACAUGGAAACUUGUGCCGACCAGGUGAGCAUGUUGUUUCACGAUUUAAAAAUGAGGUCGAAAGAAUGUGCUUUGAUAUGCAAAAUGCAUGGAGGAUUACCAAUAUCAAUGACAAAUACAAAUUGUGUGCCAGUUACCCACAACAGUUACUUGUACCAGCUUGGUUAACUGAUAAAGAGCUUGAGAGUGUUGGAAACUUCAGAUCAUGGAAGAGGAUUCCAAGUGUUGUCUACAGGCACCAAGGCAACGGUGCAGUGAUUGCACGUUGUAGUCAGCCAGAAGUCAGUUGGUGGGGUUGGAGAAAUUCAGAUGAUGAGCACCUGAUAAAGUCUGUCGCAAAAGCUUGUGCCAUGGACAGGAGCUCCACCAAACACAUUAAUGGCAACUGUAUACGAGACUUUUCUAAUGGUAGUGACCUGUCUGAUGGGGAAUUUGAUUCUUCAAUGACUAAUUCGGCAGGAGUAGAAAAUUUAUGCAGUCCACCACACAAACUUUUGAUUUUGGAUGCUCGGUCAUAUGCAGCAGCUGUGGCUAACAGGGCAAAGGGCGGUGGGUGUGAAUGUCCUGAAUAUUACCCUAACUGUGAAGUAGUAUUUAUGGGUAUGGCAAACAUUCACUCCAUUCGAAAGAGUUUUCAGUCAUUGAGAUUUCUUUGUACACAGAUGCCAGAUCCUGCCAACAGUUGGUUAUCAGCAUUAGAAAGUACGAAAUGGCUUCAGCAUCUAUCCAUGCUUUUAAAAGCAGCGCUACUUGUAAUUAAUGCAGUCGAUCGUGAUCAGCGGCCUGUUCUAGUGCACUGUUCUGAUGGCUGGGACCGAACACCACAAAUUGUGGCUCUAUCAAAGUUACUGCUGGAUCCUUACUACAGAACAAUAGAGGGUUUUCAGGUACUAGUGGAAACUGAGUGGCUGGAUUUUGGUCAUAAAUUUGCUGAUCGCUGCGGCCAUGGUGAAAACUCAGAUGAUCUCAAUGAACGCUGUCCUGUGUUUCUUCAAUGGCUUGAUUGUGUCCAUCAGUUACAGAGACAGUUUCCUUGUUCUUUUGAGUUUAAUGAAGCAUUCCUUGCUAAAUUGGUACAGCAUACAUAUUCUUGCCUUUUUGGAACAUUCCUGUGCAACAGUGCAAAGGAGCGUGAAGAGAAACACACUCAGGAAAGAACCUGCUCUGUUUGGUCCCUCCUGAGGCCUGCUAACAAAUCCUUUAAAAAUCUCCUGUACACCUCACAAUCUGAAACUGUACUACAUCCAGUGUGCCAUGUAAGGAAUUUAAUGCUUUGGAGCGCAGUGUACAUCCCCAAUUCAUCUCCUUCAAUGCCUACUGAUGAUCAUUGUGCACCUUAUCCAGUUCCAAGGUCCAUCCCUGAGGAGCAACCAUUGGGAAGGUUACCAAAGACUAGAUCAUUUGACAACUUGACAACAGUUUGCGAUAAUCCUGGGCCUACAGCAAAUAGACGCUCCAGUGAUCCAAGUCUAAAUGAGAAAUGGCAGGAACAUCGCAAGUCAUUGGAACUUAACAGUGUUGGAAUAGGGGGAUUGAUGGAUGGGAAUGGACUAGAUGAUUCCUUCAACAGUGAAGCACUGGAAUUGGGAAAGCUAGGAAAGAAUCCUUUGGGAGCUGAACUUUCUGUAGCUGCUGGUGUUGGGGAAGGUCAAAUGGAGAAUAUUUUACAAGAAGCCUCUAAAGAAGAUAGUGGGUUGGAGGAACAGUCGAAGGAUGCACCAGUAACAGAAUUAAAACAAGUCGUAAAUGUUUUAAGUAGUGAAAGUGAGCUUGACAGUGGCCUGACUAAUCAAUUGGUAACUUUUGUCACAGAAUCUUCGGAAACAUUAGCAAUGAAUGAAAUGGAAAAUACUGAGCCUAAUUCUGGGCUUGUUACAAAUUCAGAAGAAGGGACCCAGGACGGGUUCUUAGAGUCCACAAUUCAGAUUCCAAUGUUACAUGGUAUAGAUGCUGGUUUCAGAAAGGUUGCUACUGAAAAUUCUUCAAGUUAUCCAAAAUCGUUUACUGAAUCAGGGGAUUUGAUUAGUCCAAGUAUUGAACCAGAAAAUCAAUAUACUGCAUCUCAAUCUUGCUUACCCCACUUAAUCACUCCAGACAAACUGGAGGAGAAGAUACCUACUUUGGAAAGUUCUACUGAAACUUUAACAGGAGACGGAGCAAAUCAGGAAGCGCCUCAAAUCUACUCUGGUGCUAAACUUUAUUUGAAUACCAGAGCAAAUGGUACCAUGGUACCUGCUGUAAAUUCUGAAAAUAGUUUUUCUCAAUUUGUACCUGAAAACCAGGAUAUGGUAUUGAAACCAAGAUUCGCAACUGAUCUACAUAGGACUUCAGAUAAAAGCGUUCAAAGUUCACAGCCUCCCGCUUGUGCCUUGUCAUUAAGUGAAUGUAAAGAUGGAUUUGUUCCUAAUGGAGAAGUCAACAGUGAAAAUACAGUUGUGGAAAAAGCAACAGACUUUGGAAGUGGUACUCAAAGAAAUAUCACAGCUAAUGGACUCUGUAUAAAUGGAGACGAGUUGAGAGGGAAAAUGGUGUUAAGUAGACAAGUUUCUGCAGCUAGUUGCAGUUCUUUGCAGUUUCCAUCUGGUCAUUUUAGAAACCCCCAUUCCAAGUGGUCACAUUACUGCUCUGGAAAACAGCAGCCAGUAGCAAGCCCAGAUCAACCUACACGAAGCCAUUUGGAUGAUGAUGGGCUGGCCACCUACAAUGAUAUUAUUCAACAACGACUUCGUCAGAUAGAGGCAGGGCAUCAACAAGAGGUAGAAACUUUAAAAAAACAGGUGCAAGAACUGUGGAGCAGGCUGGAGUGCCAGCAUUUUAGCAAUUCAUCCCUGCGUUUUAAUGGAGAGUUUAGUGAUGAAGUGGUUGUGAGACAGUAUUGACAUGAGAAUGAUGUAAUAGGUGAUGAUUCCAUUGGAGCAACAGGAAAAGGAUCAAUCAAUGUAUAUACUGUAAUGAAAAUUUGCAGUCUGAAUAUUUUUUGUUUUUUAAAAAAGCCAACUCUUAACAUUGUGAACAUCAUGAUUUUAACACCAGGAUUUAAAGCAAAUCAGCUUUCCCAGUGUAUAACUGAACAAAACUGUUGGCAAAUGCUACCCAGUAAAUAUUCAACCAUUAUUCAAGCUAAAUAUUUUUACUUGUUUAUUUCAUGCUUAAGAUUCAUUGGAUUUUAAAGUAUUUGGCUACAAUAUCCUACAUUCUUUAAAGUGCAGGAUCAAGAAUUUCAUCCGUAAUUUAAAAAUGUUUGUUCUGAGUUUAACUUAGUAAACAACAACAAAUUGACUUAAAAAUGCCUAUCAUUCUCACUGAAACCUGGAGGGCUCAUCCAAGUCCAGAAUAUUGAAAUCUGCCUCUCCAAAUGAAAUUAUUUCAUCAUUAAACAGACUAGGGGGAAAGUGUUACGAUGGUGUUUAUUUUCUUGCUCCUACCUAUUUUCAUUUUUGUAUUGUUCAUUCCAUUGGAAUAAAUGAAAAGUGCAAAUCGAUAAAGAAAGUCAAAUGUUACAGCAUAUGUUGUGCCUAAAUGUCUGUAGUUUUCCUUAAUUGGUUAGAUGCAUUUUUUUUAUAAUUAUCGUUUUGAGCUUGGGUAAUAAAUACAAUUGUGUUUUAACAUCUGUAAUUUUAAUUAUUUUGUACAAUAUUUUUAUUAUUUAUGCGGGUACUGAAUAAUUUGUGGAUAGUCAGAAGAUUGUUCUGAAUGAAAGGAAUAAUUUGGUAUAAAAUUUGUCUUAGCUUUCAGAAUGAUUGUUUAGUUAUAUUGCUCACAUUUCUAAAUGGUCCACGGCAUAUAAAUAAUUGUGCUAGAAUGUACUAGAAUUAAAUAAUGUAAAUAUUAUGCAAUUACCAGCUUAGUAACUAGUUCAGUAAGAGCUAUUAUUGAUGAUGGCUAAUGAGGGAACCUGCUUUAGUUUCCUUGCUGCUCAUGCAUUCCUCAUUAAUUGAUUGAAAUGCUUGACAUCUCACUCCGACUUCAAAAAAAAAGACAAUCAGUUGAAUAACAUGUCUCAGCAAACUUCUGAAAUACCCUUGAUUAGGAAACAAAUUGGCUUUGAAUUGGUCCAAUCCAAGGAAAUGACUCCUCUUUCAAGAUUGGAUGAUCAGAGACCUAAAGAUUCAAAAGCAGGUAAAUUCAGUAUUUGAGGAGGUAGGUGGAUGGCAGUAUUGAAAAUUCUUAUUAGGAGUUCUCCAAGUGAGUAAAAAUAUAGAUUUGGAAAGAGAGUCAACUGAUGGAAUGUUGAUGGACAAGGAAGAGUUUAGAAACUUAUAUUUGUGUUUUUGCUCUAUAGGAUUUGUAUUAAGGUUGGUUUAAGCAUCAGUCAAACAAGCUCUAAUAAAGCAGCACAGAAACACUGAAUACCCUCUUCCAUGCUUUUGUUACUUCAACACUUAACUAGUCUAAUGUUCUUCUGACAGACCUUCCAUUUUCGACCCUGUCAAUUUCAGAUGUUGUAAACUCUACUGCUCAGACAUUAACCGCACCAAGUUCUGUUCAUCCAGCAUCCAUGCUUUCACCAAGUUACAUUGACUCCUAGUCCAGCAAUGCAUCAAAUUUAAAAUUCUUCUUCUAUUGUUCAAAUCUCCUCACAAUCUAUUAGUUUGCUAACUCAGUAAACAACUUGUGUAUCCACAUUAUCUGUUGCCACAACAUCAUUAAUGGCAUGCCUUCAGCUUCCAAGGUUUGAAAUUUGCUUCCUAACCCUCUGCUUCUCUGUCUUCCCUGUCUUCCAUCCUCCCUUACUUAAAACCUAUCUUUUGCAAAUUUUGUUAACCUGUUCCAAUAUCUCUGCGGUUUGAUGUCAGAUUUUGCCUGAUAUGUAAUGUGAACUGUCUUAGGGCGUUUAGGCGUGUUAUGAAUGCUAUUUAAGUAAAAAUUAUUACAUUUAAACUAUCAGUACAAAGGGGUCAGUUAGCUCAGUUGGCUGGAUGGCUAGUUUGCAAUGCAGAUUUCAGCACGGGUUCAAUUCCCACACCAGUUGGUUACCGUGAAGGACUCUCCUUAACCUCUCACUUCGCCUGAGGUGUGGUGACCUUCGGGUUAAACCACCACCAGUCUUUGAUCUCUAACGAGCAGCUUUAUGGUCGGGUAGUGCUAUGACUUAAAGAAAUAAUGUAAUACAACAGUAAAAUAUUGCAGCUCUUGGAAAUCUAACAUAAAAACGGUGCUGCAACAUGAAAAUGAAACUUCAUUGCUACUGUCUGGUGUCCAGAUUUCAUUCC